ACACUAGCAGGAAAAGGUGGAUUGUGGCUUUUAUUUUGUCUUUUUGGCCACUCUGUUGUCUAAUCUCUUUAUGUUACUGUUUUUGCUUUGCUAUUCUGGAAGUGAAUUGGGAGUAUGGAUGAAAACAGACUAGCCAUUACAGUACCACAGUCUCCGACAAGGUAGUAUCAGAAUGAUUUAUUUUUCUUUGUGUCUCAAACUUCAGUGACCAGACCAAGACUUUGUAUCUGCUCUCUGAUUGGGCUAUUUUGUUAGCCAAGUACCUUCUGAAGAACUGGUAGGUGAUUUCUCUUUCAAACAGAGACUGUAGGUAGAAGAGCCUUAAUUAAUUCAAGACAGUUGAGCAGUGGAAGCAGAACUGUUAUUCUUACAAGCUUACAAGUGGUUCUGAGACUUAACAGUUCUUAUAAAUGUCCUACAUGUAUCUGGAGAUCUUCCAUGCUGAAAUAUGAAAAGGUGACGUUUUUAAAAUCUACUACCCUUAACUUUUAAAAGUGAAGAUAAUUGUUUUAGUGCAGCAUAGCAAUUCUGGACUGUUUGUAAUUUCUUGAUAUUGUAGGUAAUUCAGAGUGGUGCUUUUACUGUUUUAUAUGUGUUCUUUUUUAAUGUGGGGGAAAGAAGAGAAAAAGAACAUUUACUGUGGAUCCUUUUCGUGUGUUCACCUGUGGUAUGCAUUUAUUGCCUAACCCGUCUAUUUGAAUAAAAAAAUGAAAAUCAGCUGUUUAUUAGCUACUUUAGAUAUUUUUCUGUGUAGACCUGUGUUCUAUACUGAUUUAAUCAUAGUUAUAGCCACACAAUAAUUCUUCUAAAAGCUCAUUUAGUGGAUCCACUGUUAAGCAUAUUUGUAGAUUACUUGCUACACACAGGCUUUCCAAGCAUGGUGUGGAAGAACUGGAUAUUUAAGAUUUCAAGAAACCAAGUUAAAUCUAAGUUAACUCCAAGAAGAAAUGUUGAGGGAUGGAGAUGGAAAAGAAUUAGGUAGCUAUAUACACCUAGAAAGCACCCCAAGAUUUAAGCCAUUUGGCAAGGUCAGUUGGUUCUCAUGAAAAACAGUGAAGCUGCUGAGUUUACUCUUGAGGCUUCAGUAUGGCUAGCAGAAGAAAGGCUAGUGGUAUUACUUAGUAGUCAUGCCAUAGUGUGUUUUCUGCAUUACCUGGAAAUGAAAUAAAGCUUAAAGAAAUAAUGGACUUGCGUGCUGGGAAGAUAUUUGUAUGGAUAAUAAAGUUCUGCAUUUUUUGUACUGCAGCCGUCCAAACAUUUAGUAAAAGCACUUGGCAAAUGCUAAUGAAUUUGUUCCCACAACAGAAGCAAAGACAUGACAGCCAGCAUUUUUCAAAUUUAAGUGUCUAAAAUUAGACACCAAAGUGUUUUUAGAACCCGUAAUAAAAGUGAUUGAAUUUUUACAACUGUGGAAUACUCACAGCUCUCUGCAAGUAGCUUCAUUACUCAUACAAACUAUAAGCAUUUGUGGAAGACACACGAUUUUUCCCACCAGUGUGGGGAAAAAAAGCCUCAUCCUGUUAAUUGCCAAGCUCUCAUGCAUGUUCAGGGCAUUGAUAUUUAGUUCCUCGGUUCUGGUGUGGCAGCAGCUGAUGUUGUGUCACUGGGGUUGAUGCUCAGAGUUUUGAAAGUGAUUCAGUGGAAGUUUUGCGAGUGAUCUCUGAGGGUUGGACCAUUACUGGUUAACCGGUAAGUAAUUCUAUAUAUGGUUAUUUACAUCGUAUUAGUUUUCAGCCCUACAGUCCACAAAAAGAACAACAAUGAAGUCAAGCAUGUCUUUGGUCAACAAAAAGAUACAACAGAGAGGAACCACAGACUUGCUGAAUUGCAAUGACACCAGAUAAGCAAGGAUGAAAUUAGAAAAUAGCUUAAAUUCUCAUUAAGAUAUGUACAUAGGAUUGAGAAAAAAAUUCAGAAAAAAUUGUCCAUAAUGCUAGCAAGCAAAACACUUCUGGGAGGGAGGGAGGAAGGGAGGGAGGAAAGCAAGAGAGAACCUCAAAUCAGCCAUCCUGACCUCCACAGAUAAGAAUCAGGUUGCUUAAAGAAGAACUUGCAUUUUAAAAUACGAGCUUGAAAAAACCCCAUCUUUCUUAACAAGUUACUCUUCCAGAAUUAUAUGGUUUAAAAUAUCUUAAGAAAAUUAGAUUCAUCUAGCAUCAAAAGCUUUUACUUUUUUCCUGUCCUGAGACAGUUUUGGUUUUGAUGUUUAUUGGAUUUUUGACCCAUCUUGUUUUAACUCCUUGUGAAUCCCAACCUUUUGGAUAACUCUGCCAAAUACAGCUUUCUUCCCAGGCUGAACUGACCGGGAUACACAACAUGCACAACAGCACUGCCGGAACUCUGCAUGUGGCUGCAGCGUGUAAUGAGACUCGGCCCACCCAGUCACCGAGCUCUGAGUUUUCCCUGGGCGUGUUGGUGCUGCUGGCUUUCCUCAUGGUGUUGCUAUGUCUGGUCACCAUCCUUGGAAACAUCCUGGUGAUCCUUGCUUUCAUCCUGGACAGAAACCUCAGGCAUCGGAGUAACUACUUCUUUCUCAAUCUUGCUGUUUCUGACUUUGCAGUGGGUGUGUUCUGUAUGCCUUUGUACAUCCCUUAUGCCCUGACAGGGACGUGGCACUUGGGACAAGGCCUGUGCAAGGUCUGGCUUGUUAUGGACUAUCUCGUGUGCACAGCUUCAGUGUUUAGCAUCGUCCUUAUCAGCUACGACCGUUUCCUGUCAGUUACAAAAGCUGUAUCUUACAGAGCCCAGCAGGGAAUAACCUCCAACCCUGCCAUCAAGAUGGUGGCCAUAUGGGUCUUAGCCUUUCUCCUCUAUUGCCCAGCAAUUCUCUUUUGGGAGCAUGUGGCCGGACACAGCGCAGUAGCAGCAGAUCAGUGCUAUGCUGAGUUCUUUGACAACUGGUACUUCCUCCUGUGUGCAUCCACCCUGGAGUUCUUUGUGCCACUGCUCCUGGUGAUCUACUUCAAUAUGCACAUCUUCCACAGCAUCCAGAGGCGCCAGCGGCAAGGCGGUGUGCAGGACUGUGAGCCUCCAAGGAGCAGCAGCCUGUCCUGGAGAUUUUGCCCUUUGCCAAGGUCGGGGGCAUCUUCUCCUUCCUCGGAAGCAGAGGACAGUGUUUCUUCUUCCAUGAGACCAAAGAAAGAGUCUUUGGUAACCGACUGCUCAUCUCCAUCAAGAGGGAAUUCUGUUACUCCAGAAAAUGAAUUUUCUGUUUCCCUCUGUUCAAAGACUAGGUCAAAACUGCAGCAGGACAAGAAAAUUGCGAAGUCACUUGCCAUAAUUGUCUGUGUGUUUGCCGUUUGCUGGGCCCCAUACUCUUUAUUAAUGAUUAUUCGUGGGGCCUGCCAGGGAACUUGUGUCCAUAAUGCCCUGUAUGAAGCAACUUUUUGGCUUUUAUGGAUCAAUUCCUCUCUGAAUCCAUUUCUCUACCCUCUAUGUCAUGUUAAAUUUAGAAUGGCUUUUCUGAAAAUAUUGUGUCCCAAAAAGUUUGCCACACUGAGAUCAGGAUCUUUUUAG